CGCCUGGGCCCUGAUAUGCGCGGCUGCCGGGCCCUUGCCAGGUCCAGACCUCUGUGGAGUCUAAGAACACUAUGGAGCUCAUCAGAGUAUAUCACUGAAGAAUAUGAUGGCUGAAAACAAUUUAAAAAUGCUAAAGAUUCAACAGUGUGUAGUAACCAACAAACUACCUAGAAACAGGCCAUAUAUUUGCAAUAUUUGCUUCAAGCACUUUGAAACACCAUCAAAAUUAGCUAGGCAUUAUCUCAUUCAUACUGGUCAAAAGCCAUUUGAAUGUGAUGUGUGUCAUAAAACCUUUAGACAACUAGUUCAUCUGGAGAGGCAUCAACUAACUCAUAAUCUGCCUUUUAAAUGUAGUAUUUGUCAACGCCACUUUAAAAAUCUGAAGACAUUUGUGAAGCACCAACAACUUCAUAAUGAAACCUAUCAGAAUGAUGUUAAACAGGUCAGAAGAUUGCUGGAGGCCAAGCAAGAAAAGCCAGUGUAUGGAAUGUAUAGUACUUUUACCACAGAGGAGAGAUGGGCAUUGCACCCAUGCUCUAAGUCUGAUCCCACACACAGCACUACAAAGAGAAGAAAGAAUGUUCAUGCAUGUACAAUCUGUGGCAAGAUGUUUCCAUCACAAUCAAAACUUGAUAGGCACGCACUUAUUCAUACUGGCCAGAGGCCUUUUAAAUGUGUCCUGUGCAGUAAAUCUUUCCGACAGUCAACUCAUUUAAAAAUCCACCAGCUCACACAUUCAGAAGAAAGACCUUUUCAAUGUUGCUUUUGUCAAAAGGGAUUUAAGAUUCAAAGCAAACUUCUGAAGCAUAAACAAAUCCAUACUAGGAAUAAGACUUUUCAGACUCUUUCAUUAAAGUUGAAGAGUCCAGAAUCAUGCCCCCUGACUAGUAAAUUAAAUGCAAAACCAGAUGGUCUCGAAAAUGGUGAUAUGGGUGAAUCUGAGGAGAAUAAUCCACUUGAUGUCCACUCUAUUUACAUCGUUCCUUUUCAAUGUCCAGAGUGUGAAGAGUGUUUUGAAUCAGAGCAGAUUCUCAAUGGACACAAGUGUUUUCCUGCCAGAGGUGGCAAAAUUCCAAACAGGCUCAAAAGAAGCUACAACUAUAAAACCACUGUUAAAAAAAUCUUAGCCAAGCUUAAACGUGCUGGGGGUAAAAAAUUAGAUAACUUUAGAUCUGAGAAAAGUGUUUUUAAAAAUAGCUUCUUAAAAAAUUGCGAUCUUAUUUCUAGUGAACAGAACUCUGAACAAACCCAGAGAACAUUUAUGGGUUCUCUUGGCAGAUAUGGAACAUAUAAGACAGUUAGUAAUAAAAAGAAGAAAACAUUGACUUUGCCAUUUUCUUGGCAAAAGCAAUUCCAGAGCCAAAAUGUGGGGAAAAACUUGAAAGGUAUCUUUACAACAGAAAGCAUGUUAACUAUGGAUAAUUCCGUGAACAAUAAAGACUUACCAAUCUAUGGUCCAGCAGGCGAGGAAUUCUUUAAUAGCUGUGAAGUGCUUCAGUGUGGUUUUUCAGUUCCAAAUGAAAACAUACAUACUGGACAUAAGAUGUGUCCUUGUGACAAAUGUGAGAAAGUAUUUCCUUCUAUAUCCAAACUACAAAGACACUAUUUAAUUCAUACUGGACAGAGACCUUUUGGCUGUAAUGUUUGUGGGAAAUCUUUUAGACAGUCAGCUCAUUUAAAAAGACAUAAGCUAACUCAUAUUGAAAAGAUUCCUUAUAGAAGAUCUCUUUGCCAAGUAGAAUUUGGAAAUUUGAACAAACUUUUCAUUCAUUCAGGUGAUGAUAUUAACUAUAAUGCUUCGCAGCAAUGUCAGGCUCUUGGUUUUCAAAGAUAUGAUGUCUCAAAGUCAGAUCAAAUAUCGGAAAUAGAAGUUAAGGCAGAAACAGAGGAUUUCAUUCUCGGUACCCACUGUAGGAACAGGCAGCCCUAUCUGUCUAGUGCGCUUUUGGAAUCAGAGCAGAGCCAUCAUUGUUGUAGUUACUCAGGGCGUUCCGAGAGAAAUGAUGGCCUCCUUUACCAAUGCAGUGUGUGUUCUAAAAGUUUUCGAUCUCCAUCUAAACUGGAAAGACACUAUCUAAUUCAUGCGGGGCAGAAGCCAUUUGAAUGCUCAGUUUGUGGCAAAACAUUCAGACAGGCUCCUCACUGGAAGAGACAUCAACUUACUCACUUUAAAGAACGACCUCAAGAGAAAGUUGUGUUGGAUUCGACUAUGUAACAAUCUAACCACUAAUGCAUUUGUGGUCUUUGGUGAUCUUGUUCUUAAGGCCUGUAUCAUUUGAAAUGCAUUUUUAUCAAAAUGCCUAUAGUAGAUUGAGUGAUUUCAUAGGCAGUUGCUUGUCCUGCAUAGUAAGGAAGAGGUAAGAUACAUAGAAAAUCCAUAGUGCUUUAGGAACAAUCGAAUUUUUAUAAGUAAGAACAUUAUUUGGUGCCAUAAAGUAAGAAUUUAUUUUACUUUAAUAUUAUAAACGUAUACUUUGGUUGUUUUGAAAGUUAUAAAUCCAUGAUUCUCUUCAGAUAACUCAGCCUCAUUAUUUAAAGGAAUUAUUCCUUAAGACAUACCAUCUCCUUUUUAGAUAUACUCAAAAGACAAAUAGUCAAAAAUUGGCUUUUAGCUGCAGCAAAUAGCCCCACUAUAUUUCAUUUAUUUUACAUUUCACAUGAAAGUAUAAUUUUGUCUACCUACAGCUCAAAUUGCAUUAAGUUUUUUUUCUUAAAAGUUUAAGAAAAUAGGCAAUAAAAGUGAAAAUGGAUGAGAAAAAUAGCAUUAUUUUCUAUGAUCUUUUCAAAGCUAUUUAUUCAUAGGACUAUGUGGUCAUUUCACCUUCUUUUCCUCAGGAGAUGAGGAUUCUUUUUUUGCUCAGGCUGCUGCUGUCUUUCCCAAAAGAAUUUAAAAGGGAAGAGGCAAGGAUACACCCAUAUACAUUUACCAUAUUUGCUUAUCAGGAAUAUUUUCUGAGUGUCACCAUCUUUUUGAUAAUAUGUACACAGUUUUAUCUUUUCAGAGGAAUAAAUGAAGUUCAUCUAUUUGUUAAUGGUUGACAACAGUAGUCAUAGACUUAAGACUUUCACUGAGAGAUCUUUAUCUCCAUAAGACUUUUACUUUAGUAAAACUUUCUUUUGAUGCCUCUAGUUGAGUAGUCCUAUGACUUACCUAAGCCCAUUCUACUAAAUUGGAUGAAAUGGAAAUUACUAGGUUUAGUUUUAGAUUUUAUUCUUCUAUGUUUUUGCAAGACUAAUGCUAAGGAAUGUUAUUUUGAUCCAUAUUUUUUUUUUAAUUAGAUAACCAUUCCGGUAUAGGAAUAAGAUGCUUAUAAAGUUAAGGAUAUCAUUCCUCUAAACAGAACUGUCGUAAUUUGGGAAAUAUUUAAUUCUAAACUUAUUUCAUAAUCACCAAUUGU